GUAGUUCCAACUACUUGACGUCAUUUCCGCGCAUGUCUACAUCUCUUUCUGAAAGGACCGCGGCGGCUGCAAAGUGUCGUAGUGUCCCUAGUUCAAUAUUUUUUAUUUAAUCGACGAAAAUGGGUUUCGUUAAAGUUGUCAAGAAUAAACAAUACUUCAAGAGGUUCCAAGUGAAAUUCAAGAGGCGUCGCGAAGGUAAAACCGACUACUAUGCCCGUAAACGUUUAAUCGUUCAGGACAAGAACAAAUACAACACUCCCAAGUACCGUUUGAUCGUCCGUCUGUCCAACCGCGACAUCACCGUCCAGGUUGCUUAUUCCCGCAUCGACGGCGACAAAAUCGUCUGUGCUGCUUACUCCCAUGAGUUGCCCAAGUACGGAAUCAAAGUUGGUCUUACCAACUAUGCCGCUGCAUAUGCCACUGGUCUCCUGUUGGCCCGUCGUCUCUUGAAGAAGCUCAACUUGGACACCUUGUAUGAAGGCACCACUGAUGUCACUGGUGAUGAGUACAACGUUGAAGGUGUUGAUGAUGGUCCAGGAGCUUUCAGGUGCUACCUCGAUGUAGGUUUGAACCGCACCACCACCGGUGCCCGUGUGUUCGCCGCGAUGAAGGGAGCCGUAGAUGGCGGACUUAACAUUCCCCACUCGACCAAACGUUUCCCCGGUUACGAUGCCGAAUCCAAGUCGUUCAACGCCGAAGUGCACCGCAACCACAUCUUCGGCAUUCACGUCGCCGAAUACAUGAGGUCCUUGGAAGAGGAAGACCCCGAAGCGUUCAAGAGGCAGUUCAGUCAAUAUAUCAAGAACGGCAUCACUGCUGACGCUAUUGAGGGUAUUUACAAGAAUGCACAUGCAGCAAUCAGGGCUGACCCAACAGCUGAAAAGAAGGAGUCCAAACCAGUUGCAUCUCAGAAGAGGUGGAACCGCAAGAAGUUGACUUUGGCUGAACGUAAGGACCGCGUUGCCCAGAAAAAGAAGUCCUACAUUGCUAAAUUGCAAGACGGACAAGCUGAAGCCUAAAUAUAAAUAUCUUUAUAUAAAAGAAAUGUGUAUUAAAGUUGCUUACACAAAAG